CUGAACCACGGAUGGGCAGUGAUUUAUGAUUUUGAUAAGAAAGACAGAAAAAUAGUAUUAGAAAUGUGUAUAGUGUAUGAUUUUCUAGGGCAGUUUAAUUGUAUAAAAUGUAAAAAGUGUCAGUGUAGUAAUUAAACCACCAUCAUGGAGAAUUUCACCGGGUCUAUGGAUGAUCCGGUGGCGCAAAGAUGGAAUUCGUCGUCAAUAGACUUCGCGGAUUUAACAAUAGAUAGAAACUUUGCCCUCCUGCUAGUGUCGCUAAUAUCCGCGAUACUAUGGAUCGUUUAUAUAACGUACUACAACAGCCGUGUGCUGGGCUACAUCCUGACCAGGCUCAUCAACAAGUUCUAUUUUCAAGAUGACAAUUUCAAAAUAGGGUCGUUCACCCUCAACGCCCUGUCUGGUAAGAUAAUGUUCCGGGACAUAGUAUACAUCAACUAUGACUACAGUCUGCGGAUACAGGACGGCUACUUGAUAUUUAGGUGGUGGCGCUCCUAUGUGCCUAAGGAUGUUUCCGAAGACUUGUCGCACUCGGACACGCGGCUGUCAAUAAUGCUAAACGGCUUCGAGCUACAUUUCUAUAACCGCUGUGACUUGUACAACGAACUUGAGAAAAUAUUCGGUCUCGAGCCUGUUAUCAAACAACAGAAUGACGACGACUAUACCGACCGCGAUAAGGCUAUGAAUGACGCCAACGAGAAGCGAAGACGAGCGCAGGAGACCGUGAGGUCCGAGGCCGCCAUGGCUCGCACGUGGCGUGACCUCAUACCCGUAAUCAAAAUCGAUAUCUGUUCAGGGAGAGUAGUUUUCGGUAAUAGAUUAGUCCCAACCACGUUGUCUAUAAGCGUUGAGGAGUCCCACUUAGUGUACAGUACAAAGCCCCCUGCCUCCAGUUUAGACCACCUAAUGCACUUUGUCAAAGCGAAAGCAGAAAAUUGCAAAGUAAUGCUCGCGCCUAGUCCUAAUUACACGUCGAUGGUUGACGAACCACCGCGGUAUAUGGGAGAGGGCUUCGUGGUUAUGAGCUCCAAUUACAUCGAAGUUUACUUCUAUAUGGACGAGCCAGGCUUAGUGCCAGAACAACCUGUCUUACUGCAGUUAGCUAAUGGAGAUAUUGUAGAGUCAGCUCCUCCGAUCUGGGGCGUGGAUAUCAAAUGUGGAAAGGGAACAGACUUCAGCUAUGGGCCUUGGGCGGAUAGACAGAGAGAUCAUCUAUUCAAAUUCUUCUUCCCACCGAAUUAUAAAAAUUUAGAAGUAACGCCUCAGCCAAAGCCUGGAGAUAUCAGACAAACGCAGUCCUUUGAUAUAAGAUUGUCAACUUUAAAUGAGGCCACAAUUGAUAUUCUAUUUACGAAGAAUAAGGAAACUAACGCGGUGCAUAUAAACAUUGGUGCUGGUUCAUACCUAGAAGUAACAUUGCCAUGGAUCGUGUUACAGGACGGGUACACGACCAAAAUAACCGGACAAUUGUUACACUUGGAAGCUACCACAAGUCUACAGUAUAGAAGCUUAGCUGAGAGUGAAACAUUAGAGUACACUGUCAAAUGCCACUACCCUCUUGUAUGGAACCACCAUCAAUGUUGGCAGUUAAGUCUGACAGGUUGUAAAGCCACCACACACCUCGUCUAUACACACAUAGACUUCUUUCAAGAUCUCAUUAACGACUGGUCGACAAAAGCUCGCCCAGACAUCUUACACUUUGUACCUUAUACCUGGAAGAUAUCGUUGCUACUGAAAGAAUGUGAAGUAGUGACGGUAAGCAACCAAUACAACUGGAUAGACUGUAGUUCUACUAAUCAAGAAAACAACCACGUCGCGUUCUGUGGCGAUCUACUCGACGUCUCAUUCGAUUUGCCCUUCGUUGAUUUCUUGCCAGAUUUUAUUCCACUUAAGAUCUGGGUUCAAGGCGAGGCAGUGGACAUGAGUCUAUACUUGCCCGAGGUGAACACAUCAAAGCUACUUCUUUUAUCUCUCGAUAAGAAUAUGAAGCUAGUUCCUUGCAGACUAAAAGCUUCCAAAUGGAGAAGAAAAUGCGUCAAGUCACAGGGUUGGGUGGACUGCUGGUCCGUCCCUAUUGUGGCGCUCAGCGUCAGAUAUAAUUAUCAUCCCAUACCUCCUUUGGGCCCCGAACCUCAGGCAGAUAUCACUACACCGGAAAAAGAAGAAAUUCUCUUAUCACCGAUGAGAAUACCGAGAAUGAGAAAACAACCUCAAAUUAACUGGACAUUAGAUGGAAAUAAAUUCGACAGAACGACGUUACCACCUGAUAAGGUCAGCGUGGAACUCGAAGUGGGACCCUCUAUCCUACUGGCUUAUGGAACUAUCAUUACAAGCUUUAUGAAUUUACUAGAAAAUAUCUUUGGUGAAGACCAAACAUUUACUGACAUGCAAAAAACCCCAAACAUGGAAACUUUUUAUUGGUCCAGUGAUAAUACAAAACUAAACGAUAAGAGCAGUGUGAACCAACAUACUGAGAUAUCAAUAGACGACUCCACCGAUUCAAGUAAGGGCCCUUUCGACCCUCGACAUUACAGACCUUUGGACGUGACAGUGUCCAUUAUAAUUCACGAUAUACAAGCGCACUUAGUUAAAAAUUGUAGUGAAAGUGAACCGCCUUGUCCAGUCAUACUAAUCGAACGAUUUGGCUUUGAAAUGGACAAAAGCUUCAGAGAGACCAAAUUGCAACUACUGCUUAGUCCAUCAAUAUUAGUAUCUGCAAAUAACUUGUCUCGGUCGAACCCCACCAACUCGGGAGCCUUGUAUCAAGGUCACUUGAUGCUCUCAUCCUUCCAACUGCGAGGUAACGGCUUCUUCAGCGACACCAACAGGACGGUUGAAGAGGAUACUGUGGAGUACGCCUGGAUGAUGGAACUUCAGCUAGGUCAGCUGACGGGCCGCCUCACACUGCCCCAACUGUACCAAAUCAUAUCAUCAUUAGAAACUUUCCUGCUACUCAUAUGUGAUAGCGAAAACGAAUUAGUGCCUCCCAACCCUGCUAGACAGUGUCAUCAUGGAUUAAACAAUGUUAUGUGUGCAGAAACAGACCUCACACUAAAAUACAGAUGUCCGACAGCAAAUGAAAUCAAAUACAAGAUGAUUCGAGUCGCGAUUGAUCUCAUCGACAUUUACAUCGCAGAUUCCAACACUACGCUACAGACGUGGAUCUCUCCAGUCAGACUAAGCUUUUGCAAUUUACACGGUUCUGGAUUCGGAACGGGCGUGACUGGUUUACUGCCAAAUAUAAAAUUAGCUCUCUACACUCAAACUAACAUGCAAGCAAAUACUCAUCACCACUCAAAUGGUAGUAACAAUAGCCAGAAUAAGCCGCCUGAAAGUGAUAACUGGGUAGGGGUCGGCUCAGUGGCCUUAGGCCCUCUACUUAUCGAAGCUGCCUCAUCACUGCCCCAAACGCCUAAAAACCUACAUUUAGUUCAACAAAAGUUCUUGAAACUUCACGACGAUAAGACGAAACGACUUUGGUUCUUGUGGCCAGUUGAAGGAAAGAGUUCGCAGUGUGGUUGUACCGGAGGAUGUGCGUUCUUCGGUUCUAACAGAAACGGUCCUAAUUUCUUGAAACCUAACCCGAACGACUUGAAUGAGGGAAUCAAUGUGGCUAUGUUUAAUAUAAUAGAAACGACGCCGGGCGAGUACGGGUACGGACAGAGUCUGUUACAUCAGGGGCAACUUGUAUUCCAUACGCCGCCAUACAACAGUCUGAAUGUGUGCCUGCAGCCAACUAAUGUGGCCACUUUAAUACCAUCGCCUUUACCACAAAACUUAAACAAGUCCCCGCAAAGUGCAGAGCGUCGAAGCCUCACAAGAAGAUUCUCUUACACAAGUAUGAGCAAAGGAAGUAACAACCUUCUGGUUUCUAGUACGAAAAGCGAUGUUCCUUACGCGCGCUUAGUGGAUUCAUCCGUGCCUUUAGGAAGCACUAAAAUUGAUAGUGACUCUAAACUCAACAAGAGUAUAUUGAACGUUCCUCAGAUGGAAAGCAGUGUUUCUGAUUCCAAAUUGGCGCUUAGUUGCGGCGCCAAAGAUAAUGCUAAUGUUACGGGUAAGAAACCGGCUCCAACUGAUACAGAGUCGUUUGUUGUACCUAAAGUGCCUGUGAGAAGCGUUGCCGUGUCAGAAUCGCAUUAUUCAUUGAACUCUCAAGUACCACCAGAAGACACCCUUCCCGCCGAGGUACAAAGAACCAUGUCUAUUACAAGCGAAAACCAUUCCGAAGCUUUUUUCUCGGCUGACGAGGACAUGUUCCCAAGCCGGUCAUCUAGUUUGAAGCAUUCCUUCGGCAGUCGCCAUAGUAACCCUAGAGAUAAAAGCUCCUUUGGUAUCAACGAUAUAACGAACGAGAAAUGGACCAAUUCAGCGCCCAAGUCUGAGGCGGUAGACAUUCCUGAUACGAUAAGUAAUUUGAGCACUGGCGUACAACCAGAUUCUGAAAGCGGUUCUGUGUCAUCAACCUCAUUCAUUUCUGCUAUCUCUUCGCAAGAAGAUAUGACGCUGGUGAAUCUACACAUGCAGACUAAUAAACCCAUAGUAGACUCACCGUUACUAAUGGCGAGUUAUAUGCAUAACUUACCACAGUACAAAUGUCCGAACUGGACCUGCUGCUCCCUGCCAAGCGGCAGCGAUGUCUUCACAUUACCACUAUUUAAGAGAGCUGAUGACGGCACCUUAGUUUACGUCGGACAAAAGUACCUGCCAAGCUUCGAACCAGUUGGAAAAAUUAACAUACUAAGAUUAGUAUCGAAGAAAGAUCAUAAUAAUCAGAAUCAGCAUGGACCUUAUUCUAAUUUGCCUCCACAUUUUAACUCUCAAGUGAAAGCUCAUCCCUACCCGCAAGGCUGGUGGGAUGUUCAGCAGACCGUGCAAGAUAGCCAAGAGAAUACCACCGAGAAGAGUACCGCAUCAACUGUAACGACUACGAGUGACUCGAAAAGCGGAUUAUUCGUCAAACUUCGAGGAGAAAUCGAUAUAAUGCUAACCCCACUAGUACUAGAAAGUACUCAGAAAUUCGUCGAGUCCCUUACUCCGGUAUUAGCAAAUAUACAUCCGAUAACAGUGAUAAAUCACUUGCGUCUGCUUUGUAUCUCAUCGGUGUCAAGUGCAAAUGUGUUGAAACAAAAGCAGUAUGUUCAGAACUGGCUGCCACAGAUGCAAGACAGAAGCCAGUCCAACCUAGUGACGGAUAAGGACGACAAGUGUAAACUUGCAACGAUACCCCAUUCGAAUGUAUACGAAGAGAGCAUUUGUGAAUCGUUGCAAGCGACGGUCACCAUUCCCAAAGUCAACAUGAUCUUCAUUCAGUCUUCAGUAGUUGAGGACAUGAUAUCAUUCUCAGCUUUAGACAAUAUUCAGGACUUAACAUGCGUAUCUUUAUUCGGAGUAUCGGUGGAGAAUAUCAUUGCCAAGUACGUGAGCACGAGGAAGAAUUUGGAGUCCGUGCAGUUAUACUACAGACCUACGUUAAGAGCUUUGGGGAGUAAGAAGUCGUUUGGCAUAAUGAAGGGCCCACGUGCGUUGAUAUCUGCGCAGACGUCUGGAAAGAGACGUGGCCCUGAGAGAGGGGAGCCUGUAUAUAUUGAAGCUUCGCAGCAGCAGUGUGAAGAUACUACUAUCACUUUGAAUGUCGGCAAAGUCCAUGGUCAACUCCGGCGCAUUCGCAACGAGUCCUCUCAACUGAAAGACGUCACAAUCACGGGCAUACCGUGUCAACAUUCCAAAGUGUCCUUCAAGUUCAUUCGUGUCGACUCUUGUGCUAAAGGAUGUGAAUCCAUGUGCUGCCAAAACGGCACAGCGACAGAAGCCCAAAAGGAUACCCCCAUCGGCUUCAUCAUGUUUGAAUGUGGACUCGAAGGCAUCUCAAUAAAAGUGUCCAAACAUUCACAAUCACACAAACCGCAGACACAGACCGAAGAGAAGAAACCCCUUAGACCUGACAACGAGAGCUGCAGAGAAUCUGUCAAGUCUGCUGAAGAGACCAAACCUGAGAAAGACAGGAGUACCAAAAGCAGGACUUCGGGUAUCGAAGACUUGUUUAGAAAGAGGGACUCUAGUUCCAAACCUAGUACUCCGAAUCUAGGGAGUGCUCAGCCUCCUCCCGUGCCCCCUCCGCCUGAACCUUCGACUCCUGGGCCUGAAGAGCCGUCGAACAAUGACAGUACGACCACUGUGGUGCCUCUCAAGGACAAUGGGAACACGUCCUCCUGCGCAAUAGACCUCAAAGUAGUGUGGUUUAACUUCGCUGCUCCUCCAAGGACUCCUAUUACUAAGAAGAUUGAUUAUACCAGAUUGGACUGGAACCUCCUAAGCACGGCGUCUCCCGCCAUCAACGCGUGGAUGAACCCGUGCAACCGCCUCGGCAUUCGCGUGGUGGCGCUGUACCGCGCGUACGCGAGGCGCCUCACUGCUACGGCGGCUAGUCUCAUGGCUGCUGCGUUAGAUUUAGCGCCGCAUCAUACAUUGCCCAAGAGUCGCUACGGGCGCCACACGCCGAUGGCUAAGCAGCUUCGCGAGGAGCCUUCACUACAACUAUGUGCAGUGUUACUGCGGUAUGCACUGCAAGCUGACGCCGCGGCGGUACAGGCUGACUUGGCUGAACGACAUCUGCCGUCGCUGUCUACCUUGAGACAGGGUGUGAUAGUGCUGAGCCGUCAAUGGAAGAACAUCCUAUACACCCCAUUACUGCUGGAACAUAACUACAAGAGCAAGGUUAUGAAGCCGCUGAAUGUUACCUUCGCGUUACCUGAUCUUUUGGAGGAUUCAGUAGAAGGAUGGCAAGAGUAUCCUUUGGAGACAGAAGCAUUAGACGAGAACUGUCUACUACUCAAUAUGGACGUGGAUAAAGUCAACCUGCCUGCGUCCGGCGCGGCGGCUAGCCCGCGACCGCACUCGUUCCCAUCCACGCCGCCCUCCGUGCGCGGUGCACAGAGCAGCCGCGCGAGCCUGGUGUUCCCCUCGCUGCCAUUCUCCACCAGGAAGCCCGUGUUCCAUGACGACGCCAUCGCUAUAGAUUACGGGACCCUGAAGGAGGACCUGCCGACAGUGGGGUCCAACCCAUCCCUGUACUCCCCACACGGUAGCGAUGAGAACAUCAAGAACGAUCGCGCUAGAGAAGACCUGUACCAAUGGAUGGCUAAACAGGAGCCUAUCAAAGUGGAGGCAAAGAGCAAGAAGCCAAUAAUCCCCCCUUCGAAGAUGAACCCGCGCGCCGUGGCCGCCGCCAUGCCUGCCUGCAGUCUGUACCCGCUGCAGGGAUCGCUGAUGCUGCUGGAUGCUCAUCUAGUGUUCCAGCCCUUCUUGGCUGCGUUGGGAGUGUCGCCGCAUCAGGUUACACAGGGAGAAUCGAAAAACAAGAGCGGGUCAGGCGAGGGCGGCAACAGCGGGCCGCCAGCACUGGACUCGCUCGGCUCCAAACUGUCUCUCGUCGCGUGGAUGGACAUGUUCCGCAUCGACAUCGUCGUCAGCGACCUGGCCGCUAGGGCCAGUCGACAGGCGAAGGGGAAGAGCAGCCAAACCCACGCGACAAUUCCAUCAGAAACCCCGGCCUUUCUAUGUGAGAAGGUGUCCAUAGACGUGGACUUGAAGAAAGUGGCGGACAUGGCAGUGGACGACCUCAUACAGCGACAGAACGUGCUGUACAUAUCGAGGGGACAGCUCAAGAAGCAUAUUAGUACCAUGCUCAACUUCAAUAUCAGUAUACGGUUCAUUUCGCAGCAGGUGAACAUGCCGCUUCUCCGUCUGCUGCAUCAGAUCAGCAACAUGUACCAGAACGUGAAGGACACGCAGAUAGAACUGCGCACGCAGACCAAGAUCUCGCACCGACAGAACAAACAUACUUCGUCUUCAGUAUCAGACUUCAGAGAAAACCUAGUAAGCGUGACCUCCCUAGAGAAGGAAGUUCAGUACGCGACCCUAGAGCCCAAAUGGGACCUCAUGGCACCCACCCUGACCCCCGAGCUAGGGGUGUCAGUACCGCAGUCAUUGAGUCAGCAGAAGCUCAGUCAGCCGACCAGACCAAGACCACAGUCGUUCGCGCAGAAGUUGAGAUCUACCGGGAAAAGUGUUAAGGGGAAGCUCGGCUACAGCUCUCUAAACGAGGGCGCACACACACCUAUGUACGCAGCGGGGGUUGGAGCAGGCGCGGGCCGCGGUGCCGGGCCCCACGUCACAGCCGGCACCCCGCCGGGCCCGGGGCCGCACGCGUCGCUGGGCUCCCCGGUGGGGCCCGGGCCGCACGCGUCGCUGAGCUCGCCGUCAGCUGACGCGGCGGAUGGCAAGCUGGCCCCGAGAUGUUGGCGGACAGUGUAUUUGCUGCUCGAUUUGUAUGCCAACAUGCCUGAUGCUGAGACUAUCACGCACAGGUUUUCCGUAACGACAGACAUUCCGGAACACUACCGUCACAGCCGGCCCGCGCGGCCGAGCUCUCGCGAGCAGAACACCAGUAACUCGUCGUCUAGCGCUGCUAACAUGGGCAUGGUGGUCGUUGGUGUUGCCAGGAUCCACCGCACCCGUCUCCUGGCGUCGCUGUCGGGGCUGAAGCUGGAGGCGGAGAUCACGUCGCUGCAGGCGUCGCUGUCGGCGUCGCGGUCGCGGCAGUGGUCGCUGAGCGGCAACCUCGGCCGCACCAUGAUCGUGCUGCUCGAGGGGCUGGCGCCUAACCAUCAGACGGUAGUCCGCGUAAGCGUAGGCAAAUCCCAAGCCCUCUACGGCUGGGAGGCGGGGCGACAGGGUGCCACCGCCCUCCUCAGUGUGGGCGGAGUUAGAGUGGACCUGCCUCAACAUCCCGUGGCGUUACACGGUGUCAUGACACGGUCCAGUCGACAGCUGUCCAGUACAUUGCAGGAAUUAGGUGUGACCCGCACAUCAUCCCGUCUAUCCCGUGCGGGUCCAGGCGGGCCGGCUGGCGGGGCGGGGGGGUCCGGGUCGUCGUCAGAGGGAUCCCCCGCCCCCGCGCCUCGACCUCCGCGUCCGCCGCGCCCGCCCCCCGCACACGCGCUGCUCAACCCGCUGCAUCUACACUUCUCUAUAUUGCUGCAGAGCCUGAGCAUAACAGCAGCUCUCCUGCCGUCACUACAAGCGCAGUACAAGAUGGAACAAGUUCAGAGUUCCGGCGUGACGGGCAACAAGGCGCAAUUCACUGUGGAAUUACAGCAACACUCGCUCAGCUUCGUUACCAAGUUGCAGGUCUCCGAAGCCAACAUCCCAGCAUCAGCAGCAGUCUGGUUACCAGGAGUGCAUGUAGCAGGCAGGGUACUAGAACAGCGUGGUGCUGCCAGACGCGAGGGAGCGUUACUCCGCGCCGGACGAUAUGUUGCCGCUAGUGCUGAUAUAGGACUCUUCGAACAUACGUUAUCUACUGAUCUGCUGAACCAUCUCGUGUUUGUGCAGAAGGUGUUUAUGAAGGAAGUGAACGAGGUAGUACAGAAAGUGUACGGCGGUGAGAAGCCAGUGCCGCUGUGGAACGAGGAGGAGGCCUCCACCUCCGCGCUCAGCAGGAUACUCUUCUCACUUACUAUUAGAAUCAAGCGUAUCCAACUGACAGCGACAACACCUAGCAAUUCAGCGGUCCGACUAGAGACGGGCGCCGUGGAGUUCGAGAUAUCCAACCGCGUGCAGAACGUACAGCAGCCCACCGAGCCGCAUGAAGUCAGACUCUUCGCUAGGGCACAGGUGGAUGUAAACCUCAGCUUAGGCCAGCUGAUCAGAAACGCUAUGUUUGAAGAAGCAGAGCCUGAAUUCCAGCAGUACGCUUUCUUCAACACUAGAAUAUCUAUGCGCAACGCAUUCCAAGACGAGAUGGUAUGUGGGGACGACAAGGAGGUGGUACUAAUUACCCUGAAGCGGCCUCUCAUAUACAUACAACCUGUCGCAGUCGAUAAAGCUAUACUCGUAUGGCUUAACUACAAGAACGCAUACGAGUAUUGGAAUGAAAAGAGACUUAAUUUGAACAAGGAAGUCUUGACGGCUACGCAGCAAGUCUUUGAGAAGGUACAACUGACGUCACAAAUCACAACGCCACAUCUAAGCACGUUGUUCUUACAAUUGAAUGUGGAUGAUAUUGGAAUAUGUUUGCCGCUAAACCAACCGCCUAUGGCGCGCUGGGGGCUGGGGCGCGGCGCGUGGGGCGCGUGGUGCGGCGAGGGCGAGGCGCGCGGCGCGGUGGUGGUGACGCUGGACGCCACCAACAUCGGCGCCUGCUCCUCCGGGGCGCUGGUCUCCAAGGGCCGCUUCGUGGGGCUGUGCCUGCGCUUCGCCGACGACUUCGAGGCCUCGCUCGACGACUGGAAGCCGAGGCCUGAUGAGCCCAGCCUCAAUGUCUGCUGUGUGUCCGAGGGGACCUAUGAGGUCUGCAGUCGGACUACCGCCGCUAAGCAUAAUGAAAACGCUAAAUGGUUCCUAAACGUAUCAUGGCAAAUGGAGGGCGUUGACAUACACUUGGACGUAAACGUGGGGAAACAACUGUCCGCACUCGGACACACGCUCACCAUGUUAACAGGAUAUGAGGAAGAAGAUCCACUGAAAAUGGACUACGAAAGUGACUUAGAUGAUGAGGCUGACAACAGCAAAGACUCACAGGAGAGCAUAAUCCUCCGUCGCAAGUACACGGACCACCUGCCCGCCUUCGUGUUCGACACCAGCAUCGACGCCAAGAAGCGCUCCAAGCUCAUCGAGAAGGAGAUGAACGAGCAGGCCAAGAUCAUCAACGACCUCCGCACUCUGGGAGCCAGUCAUACUACCAUAGAGUACGAGAUGAAGAGGCUGCAUGAUUUAGAGGCUCUGGUCUUUAAGGAUUUUAGGAGGGAUAUGAUUCAGAAGUUGCGUCGUCAAAGUGUACGAGCCAGCUCUAUCACGAAGGGCAAGUUAGGACUGGGAUCUAACAGAAGCAAAUCAUUCGUAGUGCCUUCACCACCGCAAGAGAGGAAAGACUUUGAAGGUGCCGGGGAGCCGAACCUGGCCAUGUCUCCAGGUGUAGGCGACUCCGGCGAGACGCUACUGCUGGGCGACGAGGACAACCGCCUCGCCGACAUCAUCGAGGGCGGCAGCUGGAGCUCCAUGGAGAGUGAACCGCUUACUGGACCAUCCCGCUCGGCGUCUCUCCGCGGCCCCCGCCCCGGUACAGGCGGGUCCCGGCCGCUGGCCACCCCCAGCGUGCAGCGCCAGAGCUCGCUGCCCGCGCACCCCGACCACUGGCCCGAUGAACUCGAGGGGGUCGAGCUCAGGAGGAAACAUGAACACAGCAGCGUACCACAAUCGGAAGGCCCAAGCUCCGAGAACAAGACAAGUAAAGCUAAGACAGCGGAACCGAACAUCGACUUCGAGCUGGACGUCAAAGUGUACAUCAACAGUGGCAAGUGUGUGCUGCACACUAAGGAGCCUAGCAAGGAGGAUGAUAGCAUUAAGAUUGGGCGCAUGCGCGUGGGCCGGUCGGCGUCGGGCGGGCUGGCGGAGGGCUCGGGCGCGGGCGGCUCGCCCACCGCGGCCCGCCGCAAGCAGCCGCAUCCCCGCCACCAGCCCACGCUGGACCUUACUGUGUUCCGCGUGCCCGGGUUGGAUCUUAAGGUGCAUUACGAAUCAAAAACACUACCCGAAGAGGCAACUUCCCCACAAACGGUCCCCCCACUUCCCUCCCUCAACGUGGGGGCACGUAAAGUGGGGGUGAAAAAAGCCGCACUCUUCGCCUGGAUCACGCUGCAGAGCAUUCCUGAGGAGACUAUCAUCAGCCCGCAUAUACUGGAGUUCUUAGAGCAGACGUUGGAACCUAUUCCGACUAAGGCUUCUUUCUCAACACCUACGCCUGAGGCGGAGAGCGGUUCCCGUUCCCGCUCGGUGGAGGGGGCGUCGUACGGGCAGUACGUGUACGCGUCGUUCCCCGUGGACGUCAUCGUGCACUUCCACAUGCAGCCCAGCACCUUCCGCUUCAGCUGCCUGCCCGCCUCGCGCGUCGAGUGCCUGCUGCAGCUGCCCAGCCUGCAGAUCGUCUUCAGCUCCAAGCGGGCCAGUGACGAGGAAAUGGCAGAACCAGCAGUAGCCAUGGGCGGGUUAAGCGUCACCGGCUGUCUGGCCGACUUCUCAGUGAACAUGUUCCAUCCAUACGGCGGCAAGAAGUCAAGCCUCAAGGAAGCGCAGUGGUCACCCCUCUCCGACACCGAGAGGAAAGACUCCUUGAGCAUUAACGUCGAGUUCGUCAAGUUCCACCUGUCUAGGUCCAGGAAGUUGGACUUUCAGACCGACCAGGACCAGUCGAAGGCUACUGUCAGGUUUUCGACAAUCGUGGACGUAGGCUCAGCGUGGUUCAAAUAUGACAUGCGCCGAUUGGGCGAGAUCCUAGCCUUCCCUAAGGCAUGGUACAGAAGAACUAUUGUAAGACGCAUGUUCCUCGGAGACCUUAGUCUGCACGACACCCGCGAUCAUGGAACAUCAAGCAACGCUCCAGUGUCACCCGUAUUGCCUCAGAGAGAGAAAACUAAGACUGUUGAUCAUCAAAAACCUAAAGAGAGUAAAGCAGCUGCGCCGGCGAUGGGUGCUGCAUGGGAGACGCUAGUGCUGUUCGCCGUCAACUUCACCAAGCUCAACGUGCACAUGAACAUGGGCAACGUUAUGGGCAAUGUCAGUUGGCAGAGCCGCGACUUCAACUGCUCGGGGCGGCUGUCGAUCGGCAGCACGGGGCACCGCAACAUGCUGCUGGGCGUGGCGCUGGCGGGCUCGGAGCUGGACGCGCGCGGCGGCAUCGUCGGCGGCGCCAUCGCGCUCUCCUCCAUCGACACUUACGUGCACAUCGAAGAAGAAGCAGGCUGCAACCCCGGGCACGUGUGCGGCGUCCGACUAGCUGCACUGGAGCUAAGACUAGAGUACAUGGGUACUCCAGUCCUGAUGGCGCGAGUGUCCCGCCUACAGGCUGCUCUGCGCGACGAGUGGCUGGCCCGGUGUCGCCAGCCGCCGCAUCACCCGCAUCGACCCACCUCACGGCCCGCGAUAAUCCUGACGCAUGGGACACUAAGCUGGCAUCAGCUCCAGAUCCUGAUGUCCAGGAGUACGACUCCAGACCUGCUGAAGAUGCAGUUGAAGCUCGAAGAGUUCUUCACGCAGCAGUUCAAGUCUAGCAAGCGAGUGUUCAGCUCGCUGCAUCCCAAUUAUACCAAUUCGAGACGUGAUCGACGGGAACCGCCACCAGCAGCAGCGGCGGCAGGUGAAGCUGGCUCAGCACCGGCUCCGGAGCUGCGCCACCACCGGCACUGGCAGGAGGUGCUGUACCUCGUGUCCGGCAUGCAGCUGUCCACGCUGCCCACGCCGCUGCCAGCUAAUGGUACAGUUCUCGGCGGUACAAUGGAGCUACAUGGCAGUAACAUCUCGCUGGCGUGUUUCCAUGGCAACAGCUUCAAGUCCAAGUCUUGGGCACUGUUCAGUCUGAAGGACCCUUGUAUUAGCUUCGCGACUGAAGCUCAACAGGUCGCUAGUGAAGAGGGCAGCAUGGAGGUGCACGUGGUGCAGAGCCUGACGGCGAGCCUGGGCUCGACGGGCAGCGGCGCCCGCGCGCACGUGUCGCAGGCGACGGUCUGCCGCAUGACGCGGGCGCUGCUCUUCCCGCCGCAGUUCAAGACGUUGAGGGAGUGGUUCCAAUACGCCUUCGCUAAUAGCGAGAUUGAUGCAAUCGAACUGUUCCCAUCCCUGGAGCGCGAGACAAACACCAACAGCUCAGGAGCGGGCAGUACGAACAGCACGGAGCGCAAGGCCGGUGCGGCAGACAAGCACGUGCGCGAGGUGAUCUUCGCGCUGCCCUCGCUGCAGCUGCAUCUGCGCACGCAUCACCUGCAAGCACAUGCGCCACCCACUGAUACUGAUGAAAAGCCGGUGGUUGAAUGCAGUUUCAUAACGGAGUUUGAAGAUCAUAUAUUCGUCUCAGUGGACGCUGAAGCCUUCUUGUUCCUACAUGAUCUUAUUUCUUCGUAUAUCAAGGAGAAGGAUAGAGUGAUGCCGGGCGCUUCCCGGGCAGGCUGGGCGGACACGGGCGGCGCGAGCACGUCGGCCACUCGCGCCAGCACCGCGCCGCGGCCCGAGGGCGUCGCGCAGGACUACCGCGACUAUCGAUGUGUUACAUGGCAUCUCGAGCCUACUGUCAGACUGCUAUCCUGGGCAGGCAAGUCCAUCGAGCCAUACGGCGUGGACUACAUCCUCCAGAAGCUCGGCUUCAGCCACGCUCGCACCACCAUCCCCAAGUGGCUGCAGCGAGGAACCCUGGAUCCCCUCGACAAGCUCCUGUCUCUAGUGCUCCUUAGACUUGUGGCCAUCGUGCCGCACAAGUGAUAUUAGACCUUACCGCUGUAGCAAUACGGCGCACUUUACAACAACAGGUAAGGUUAUUACAAACAAAUGACUGCAACAGAUGAUUAUGUUCUACGUCUACUUUCUAUCGUGCCGCACAAGCGAUAUUGAACCUUACAGCUGUAGAAAUACGGCACAUUUUUCUACAUACAACAACAGAUGAGGUGUUAACUACAUUAUUGAUCGAAACAAAUGACUGCAGUGCUAUGUACUACAGCUAGUUGCCCCCGUGCCGCUCAGGCGAUAUUGGUCCUAGAGUCUAUAAAAAUACGGUGCACUUCACAACAACAGGUGACUUACUUUCGACAUCAAUAUUUUAAGAAUAUGUAAAUGAAUGGAAACGACAUAAUCCGGAAUUGUAACACGUGGUUUAGAACACUGAUAUCUAGCGACGAUCGAGCGACAUAUUGAACGAAUUGAAUUUGUUAUUAUAAAGUGCUUUAGGUUGAAUUGCCUAGCGCUAUCGAAAAUAUUGUGACAUUAAAAUUGUUAUAAUUCUGUCCAAGGAAUCCUUUUUAUAAUUCGACAAUCUAAACAUUCCUAAACUUACAAUGGACUGUAUAAUCAGACGAUAAGGUUGAAAAUUGAUUAAUGAAAAAUGCUGUGGUUGAGGGAUCGAAAAUGAAAUGUAAUAGUUAUAUUGAAACAAAGAUGGCCUUUGGUGUGUAUCUGUAGAUUAUGUAGACAAUUACAAGUUUUUACUACACGUAUACAUGUAAAUCUAGUUGAAUUCUAAACAAAGAGUAUAUUAUUCUUCGAUGUAUAGUAGAUAAUUGCGAAAAGGAGUUUAAAAACUCAAUUUUCAACGAGAAUGGAUGAGUAUGAGAUUAUUUUUUAAUAUUAACGUUGAAACAUGUAUGUGCAUAUACAGUUUUAUAUGUGAAAUUGUGUAUAUGUGUACAUAAUCAAAAUAUAAAUGAUAUUAUUGUAUUUUGAGAUUUUGUGCUGCCUAGUAAAUGUUUGACUUCAAAACUUAGACCCACAGAUUUUAGCUAGGAAAUUGAAAUUCAUUAUUAAAAUAUAUACUCCAUAUAAAGUAUGAUAUUAACCAGUAACGUCUCUAGCAUUCCCUUCACUAAUAACUUUGGAAAUACAAAUUAUAUUCCAAUUUUAUGAGAAAGUACAAUUUAAUGUGAAUUUAUUAACAUACACCAAAACAGCGCAUUUCAUUGGCUUACACACUUCAUACUUGUAAAUAUUAGCAAAUUAUUUUAUAAGAAAAACAAAUAUGUUUUGGUUCUUAUCACUUUACUUACUUGGCCAGUUUUUUUGCUUGUAUAAAGUUAUUUCUUCAACUCUCCCUUUAAAAAUGAACCCCAAUAAGGAUUAAGUAGGUAAUAAAAAAAAUCCCCUUACAUGCGGAGAUCUAAGAAAUCAACACGAAAUUUUGUUUUCGAUAUUUAUAAUUAUGUCAUUUUUAUAUACAGGGAAAUCAAUAAAAAAUAAGUCUGCUAAGAUAGCAAGAUUGUUUUUUCUUACAAUACGAUGCUUAUGCAGAAAUAGUGUUCAUCCAACUUAAACAUAUUUAUUUCUGGAGUGAAUCCUCGCACCUUUUAGCUGUUCCAAUAGAAUUCGCUAAGCAGUUUUCAACUUUACGCCUUACGCUAUAAGGUAGGAAAUUGCCUACCAGCGAAUCUUGUAGUUCGAACUUUUAGUACCUACUGUUAUAAUUUAGUAUUUUAUUCAGCGACCAAAAUGUUCCAUCACAGUUUUAGUUAUUAUGUCGUGUAAGGUGGGAUUAUUCUGUGAUUAUUGUGAAUGCAGUUAGUUUGUAAGUUAUGUGGAUCGUGUAUAUUGCCUUUGUUUUGUUGGGUGGGGAUGUUUGCAGCUGAGAGCUUGUCCAGAAGACGUGUAGGCUUGCUAGUGAUCCGUGAUACAACUUAUUUUGGCUCAAUAUUGUUUUCUUAUUUUCUCUUACAAUAAUGAUACUCCGAGCUCACCGAGUCAAUGCUAUCGACUUACCUCUUCUAAGCUGUCACUAUAAAUUAUUUGUUUCUGUUUAUAAAAAUCAAGGGUAUGUCAUCCAGCGGAAUCUGACCAAAAUGAAUGCUAUACUCCGUCCCUGUAACAAUUUUCCUUUAUGUAGUUUUCAAUGUAUCUCUCGCGAUGAUCGUCUAUCUGGACCAACUCUCAGGAUAUUUUAUUCAAUUAUUGACGUUAACUGUCACUUUUAUUAUUAUGUGAACUUUUUUAUUAAGUUUAUAUUUAUAUUCUUCUGAGAUGUUAUUAUUCCUACUCCUAUAACCAGUUUUAUUUGAAAACUGUAAAAUGGGAUUUUGAGAAUCAUUAGACAAUCGGACUGAAGCUGUAAAAUAUUGUUAUCCCAUUUUGCAGGAUUUUAAUUAAAUUAUGAAGAUGUAUAAUAUUAAUUAUGCUGUUUAUACAAUUUAAGUUUGAAUUUUAUUAUCAUCCAAUAUUUUAUUACUAUUAAAAUAAAGAAAUGGUUCACAAAUAAGCUACAAAUUGAAUAUUUCACAUUAUAUAAGGGGUUCUAAAUGCUAUGAUUUACUGGGAUUGUAAUACAAAGUAAGUUAAUUUGCGGAAGAAGUUGUAUUAUUUUGUAUAAUAGCGGUAGCGGUUAGGUUCGAAGGGCUUCGUUGCAUAGUACUGAUUAUAUUUUAUUAAAGCAUGGUGAUUUGUACAUAAUGUAUGUGAUAGAUAUCAAUAAAUUAUUAUUAUAUAGAAUUUAA